UCUCUGCAGGGACAGGCAGAUCGCCACUCUAGUGAUUGGCGAUCUAUGAUAUCAGUCCUGAAAAUUGACAGUCAGAAUACUCAAUGAAUGAAUGUAAACAACAUCAAGUCAGUGAAAAUACUCUAUGAAUAACAAUAUUUACGAGAGACUUGUCAAGAAAGAAGAAACAUAAUAAAGAAAAUGGCUGUCAAGCAAAGAAGUUCUCGAAAACCUCCUGGCGUAGGUAGGCAUGCAGCAAAGGGAGACUCAAAUGUUAGUGAAGCAUCUGAUCACAAAAGCACCUUAAAGGUUGACUGGCGUCGCAUCAUCACUAGAAUUGUUAUGAUGAUUAGUAUAAUGUUGGUUGUUUAUUUUACCAAGGCUGAUAAAGUGGUUCCAUUUGCCACACAACAAGAAAUGAUUCCCAAGCGUUCGGUUGAUAUUGCUUGCUCCAAGGACUAUGCUGAUGAACUGAAACAUUUCCCAGGAUGUACACCAGUAAAAUGUGGGCGUGUUGUAUUUGACUCGGUAGUAACUUUAUCAGAGGUAGAGGCGCUUCUCAACAUUGCCCACCGAGGUUUGUCCUUAGGAGGCUCUAGUGGAGGUGCUUCAAUUCUAGAUCUACAUUCAGGAGCCCUGUCACAUGGAAGUGAUUUUAUUAAUAUCUAUAAGCUUGAGGAAGCUAAGAAUAUUUUCACUACUGAAGAUUUCAAAAUUUAUAGCCAUGUGAAACGCAAGAUACAUGUUGCCAUUGCAGAUCAUUUUGGAAUCAGUAAGGACAAACUUUACUUAACUCAUCCAACCUUCUUUUCUCGCAUUAUUUCGGCACCUCCCCAGACUGUCCAUGAUGAAUAUUGGCACCCACAUGUUGACAAGGAAACCUACAAGUCUUUCCAUUACACAUCCUUAUUAUACCUGACUGACUAUGGACACAGCUUUGAGGGUGGAAGGUUUAUUUUCAUUGAUAAGGAUUCAAAUAAAACUGUUGAGCCCCGUUCUGGUCGACUGUCUGCUUUUACAUCUGGAUCAGAAAAUUUGCAUUACGUGGAAAGAGUUACAAAAGGUGUACGGUAUGCCAUUACAGUAUCUUUCACUUGUGAUCCAAAGCAGGCAAUUAAAGACCCAUCAUUGCCUAGGUGACCUGUUAUUGGUAUUUUUCAGUUUCUUAACCAUUCCAAGUUUUUUUCAAGGUUUUGAUGUAGCUUUGUAUACUUAUAGCAGUAGUUGCUGCAGUGUAUUUUGUUUAAGAAAAGCUGUUGUGUUAUUCAGAUAUUAUAUAUUUUAUUAUUUCCUGAUAGACUGUAGUAUAUGGUACACUUCCAAUUUUCACAAACUGUAAAUUUUGCAAAUUGUUAGACAUUUGUCACCUUUUGUUAAUAGUUUUAUUUUUUUAUUUUACUUGAUAACUGACAUUUUUACAAAAAGCCUACAAGUAACUUAGUUUUUAAUCAUGCCAUAUAUUCCAUUCAUAAAUUGGAGUUUGUAACUAUAAGAAAUGUAAAAGAAAUUAGAAGAUAUUAUACUUAA